GCCAAGAACACCCCGUUGCCGAUCCUCUGCCGCUUCACGAGCUUUAAGAAUGUUUUGCGUUGCGCUCCUCGCUUUCGUCGCUUUCGUCGUUUCUAUCGCCUUUCAUUUUCGCGGCCCCAGCUAAAAUCCUACGCGACGUUUUAUUCCUCUGCUCUAAUUACCUGGUGCUUGUGUGAGGACAUGUCACAGUCCUGGGUAAUCAAUGCGCGGCUCCGCUCAUCACUCAAGCCUUGAUGCUGGCUUUGGGGUGCAAUUCGCUGGAUGCUCGCAGGAAGCAUUUGCGUUCCGAUAUGAUGACGCGGCUCAACCCCUUUCUCCCCAUCAACUGGAGUAAAUCGUAGUCCGAACCGUGGCGUGACGAACAGCCAUGUUUGCGCUUGGAUAAGCAGCAGCAGCAGCAGCGGAUAUAUAAAUGUUCGGCCAAAUCCUCUAAUUAUUCCAAGGUUGGUAGCAAACCAGUAUCACGCCAAGUAGCAGUCACGAAACCCAAGUCGAAAUGAAGCCUACUUUUCUCCACAUUGCGACAGGGAUUCUUCCGUUGUUUGCUCGGUCUUCAUGGAGCGCCUGUCCUUCUGGCUGGCAACCCCCUGGACCUGACGAUGUGCGAGCUCCUUGCCCCAUGCUCAACAGUCUGGCAAACCACGGCUUCCUACCGCACAACGGCAAAGACAUCUCCGAGGACGUUACCAUCAAGGCGCUGAAGACAGCUUUGAACUUUGACGAGCCACUCGGGCAAUUCCUAUUCGAGUCUGCUAUUACCGCCAAUCCAGACCCCAACGCCACAACUUUCUCACUUGACCACCUCAACCAGCACGACAUCUUGGAGCAUGACGCAAGCUUAAGCCGUGCAGAUGCUUUCUUCGCCGACGCCCACAUCUUCAACCAGACAAUCUUCGACGAGACUAGGUCAUACUGGACAGGAGAUGUCAUUGACCUGCAUAUGGCCGCUGCCUCUCGACAUGCCCGCGUGAUAACCUCGGCCAUCACCAACCCCACUUUUACUCUUUCCGAACUUGGCUCGAACUUCAGCUACGGCGAGACGGCGGCUUACAUCAUUGUCUUUGGCGACAGAUCGAGUGCAACGGCACCCAAGGCCUUGGUGGAGUACCUCUUUGAAAAUGAACGCUUGCCGUAUGAGCUUGGCUGGUCUAAACAAGAGGUGCCCAUCACAACGGAUGAUCUUCUCGAUAUGAUGGGCAGGAUCGUCAAUGUCACGGGAAGCUCUCCUGAGGAGGCUGCGAAUAUUGUGAAGCGUGGGGACAUCCAUGCCGGUCUCCCCAUCGUUGGUUGACAUGGACUCCAAAUGCAGCCAGCCAGUGAGCAUGUCUAUGUAUUGCACGGUCCCGAGAAGACUACAGUUCGUUUAGGUCAUAGCAGUAGCUUCUCCUUGAGGCAUAAGAAUUGAG